AUGAACUUUGAAAAAGAUUUUAAAUGUAAUAUUUCUUUUUAUUGCCUUAUUCCUUACCAAACUUAUUGUACCUUGGCAAUCAUAAGAAGGAACAAAUACAAUCCAAUAAUAAGAAGUCAGAUAACAAAUAUAAAGUAUACAUUAAAAAAAAAAAAAUUUUACAUUUUUAAGAUUUAAUACACACUCUUUUUCAAAAACUCCUUUAAGAAAUUUCUUCAUUCUACCAGUGA